AAAUAGGCAAACAUGACAAAAUAAAAAGUCUCCAAAAACGUGUUUUUUCUCUGGUGACUUUCGCGACAUCCUGAAUCUGAAGUUGGCAACAAAAUUGAGGUUAAAAUUGAAGAUGUUUUCCUUGACAGCCCUAAAAAAUGUUAUUUUGAAGCCUCUAUGGACCAGAACAAUCUAUACAUCGAAUGUUUUAAGAAACACGUUGGACAGCGGCCAACCGGCUAUAGAAUAUCGCGAAGUUACGAAAGAUAGAAGCAAAAUAAUCCCUGUAGAAACGAGCAUAAAGUAUUUGAACAGCGCAGCCUACAAACAAACUUACGAAGGUAAACCAGUGUGGGUUCCUUAUAGAAGAAACCAUAAAGGUUCCAUAGCGCCCAAGAAAACCAGAAAAACUUGCAUUAGAGGGGGUCAAAUAUCAAGUGGAAACCCUUGCCCUAUUUGUAGAGAUGAAUACCUAAUUCUCCAUGAACAAAACAUAGCAUUACUAAAACAGUUCAUAUGCCCACACACAGGAAGCAUAUUAAGUUACACUAAGACUGGAUUGUGUCAAAAAUCUCAGCAAAAUUUGGAAAUUGCCAUCAAAAGAGCAUAUGAUCGAGGCCUUAUAACAUACGACGUACCAUUUAGAAAAUACGACUAUUCGCAAUAUUAUCAAGAAAAACAGUAAUGGAGGCGACUUUUGUUGUCAUUGGGGGUGGAAUUGCUGGAGUGACGUGUGCAGAAAGUCUGGCUUUUCUUGAACCUGAAGAAUCAAUCAUUUUAAUCAGCGAAUCUUCUUUAAUAAAGACUGUUUGUAAUUUGUACAACAUAACUAAAACUUUGGCAAAUUUUGAUGUUGUUGAACAAGAUUCUCAAAGUUUAACAGAGAAAUUUAGGAAUGUUAAAGUUAUUCAUGAUACUUUAUUACAUAUUGAUGAUACAAAUUUGUAUGUAGAAACUUUGAGUGGGGUGCAAAUUAAGUAUAAAUAUCUUUGUUUAUGUAUGGGGGCUACACCUAAAUUAAUUAAGGAUGCUGAAAAUAUACCCCAAAUAUUAGGAAUUAGGGAUACUGACUCAGUGGAAAGAUUACAGGAAAAACUGGAAAAAUCCAAAAAAAUUGCCAUUGUUGGAAAUGGGGGUAUAGCCUCUGAACUUGUGUACAAACUACAAGAUGUUGAAGUACACUGGAUUAUUAAAGAUAAGCAUAUUUCGGCUACUUUUGUAGACCCAGGUGCAGCAGAAUUUUUUCAGACAUCUUUAACAAAAACAGAUACUGAAAAAAUUGUCAGUAAACGCAUGAGGUAUAGUGAGGAGGAUUUUCGGAAAUCUGGGGCUGCUUUAGGCCCAGAUUGGUAUAAAAAUUUAACCAUAAAAGGUGGUAGUAACACACCAACAAAGCUAAAAGUGCAUUAUCAAAGUGAAAUAGAAAGUAUUCAGUCUAAAAACGACAAUUUAGUGGUUAAACUUACAACCAAUGAAGAAAUAUUUUGUGAUUUAGUAGUAUCAGCAACAGGUGUCAACCCUUCAACAAAUUACACUAUUAAAAAUUCCCUAAAACUUUCCAAUGAUGGUGGAAUUCUAGUAAACGAAUAUAUGCAAUCUAACAUCCCAAAUAUAUUUGCUGCUGGUGAUAUUUGUACUACAAAUUUCCCCCCUGCAAAGCAUUGGUUUCAAAUGAAGCUGUGGACUCAAGCGCGACAAAUGGGUUGUUAUGCAGCUAAAUGUAUGUCUUCCCAUAACAAAAACGAAGAAAUUCUCCAGGAUUUUUGUUUUGAGAUGUUCUCCCAUUCCACAAAACUUUUUGGGUAUAAAGUUAUCCUAUUGGGCCUCUACAAUGGCCAAAAGUUGGGGAAUGAAUACGAAAUUUUACUGAGGAUGACUAAAGAACGCGAAUAUAUUAAAUUUGUCCUGCAAAAUCAUAAACUACAAGGUGUAGUGCUAAUUGGCGAUACAGAUUUAGAAGAAACAUGCGAAAAUUUGAUUUUAAAUCAGCUGGAUUUGUCGCCUUAUGGGGACGACAUUUUGAACCCUGAUAUUGAUAUCGAAGAUUAUUUUGAUUGAUUCUGUUCGUAUUUGUAAGGUUUUUGUAAAUAUAUUUGUUAAAUAGUCCGUUUUUGCUUAUUUACCUUCCU